UCCAUAUAUAUAUAGAGAGAGAGAGAGAGGGAGAGAGAGAUUUUGAGCAUUACAGUGAAAAUGGUGGUGGAUGGGUCGUUCAAGAAAGCAGGAACCAUUCCAUUUAAGUGGGAAAUCCGACCCGGUGUUCCCAAGAGCCACGGGUCCGAUCUUCUUCAACUAAAAUACCGUGAAGAGGAGGAGCAAGAUGAGGGGCAGCCGCCGAGCAAUCACAGCCGUCCAGAUUUACAUACCCCGAGAAUGCUUAGGCCUCCGCCGGCCGGCCGCCUUUACUACCAGCCCACACCGGCGGAGCCCCGCUCCAGGUCUUUCAGGUCCGCCCCGCGCACUCGAUCGGAGCGCUACCGUUUCGACCUAUCUGGCAUUACCCAGCCCGUGGGCGGGUGCUUCCCGUCCCCAUUGCUAAAGCGGCGAACCGGGAAGGCCCUGCCGGAGCCCGAACCGGACUACUGCUCCGACCUGGAGACGCUGCCCAGAUGGUCGGCUUCAAGCAGGAGAUCUGUUUCCCCGUUCUCCCCACAGUCGCCCUUUUCGUCAUCAUUUUCGUCAAAUGAAUCGUCGUCCCCCCGGACCGUAAGCGACGCCGAGUGGGCCGGCUUCGCUCUGUUUUAGAAUAUAUAUAUAUAUAUAAGAGCAGAGCAGAGCAGAUCUUUCUCUCUCCCAUUUGAAUGUAGUUCGUAAUGUGUUGAGUUGUUGAGGCGGUUCACUCUCGUGUUACGCCCAGUCAAUGCAUAUGACGUUGAUAAAAAUAUGUAUGAUGCCAUGGAUCGCUUAAUUUUGUUAAUUUUCUUGAAUUCAAAAGGAAGCUCUUAAGUUUGCCUAA